GACUCAACACUACCAUCUCCUCUUAUCUGUCACACACACACACUAACGGUGAAAACACACCCACAUAUAUAUAUGUAUACACUUAUACAUGUCUAGCAGCCAUCACUUGCCUGCAGAUUCUUACACUUCUACAAGUGAUGAGGAAGAAGACGAAGAAGAAGAAGAGCUGGAUAUUAUUGAAAAUAAUGAAGUGUCUUCUAAAUAUAUCACCCCUAACACGUGCCCACCACGUGAGAGGGUGGUUUGUGACCCAAGAUCUCAAUGGGUUCAAGAAUGGAACCGAGUGUUCCUUUUAGUUUGUGCUACGGGUCUAUUCAUUGACCCGCUUUUUUUCUACACGCUUUCUAUAAGUGACUCUUGCAUGUGUGUGUUCAUCGACGGGUGGUUUGCGGUCACUAUAACGGCUCUUCGGUGUGUUACGGAUGGGUUACAUGUGUGGAACAUGUGGUUGCAGUUUAAGAUGAGCAGGUGGUGGCGAUCACCGAACCACCACCGUGGGUUAAGCCAUGAUGGUGUGGUGGCGCGUAAUGUCGCGGCUCGGAAUAUAACUAAGGCCAAAAAAAGCUUCUUUUUUGAUCUAUAUGUUAUUCUUCCUAUUCCUCAGAUAGUGACAUGGGUGGUGAUUCCGGCAUUGUUAAAACAAGGAGCAACGACGGAGAUAAUGACGGUUUCGUUAAUCAUGUUUCUAUUCCAAUAUUUACCCAAGAUCUAUCACUCCGUAUGCCUCUUACGCCGUAUGCAAAAUCUCUCUGGCUACAUUUUUGGUACCGUUUGGUGGGGAAUCGCUCUCAAUUUGAUCGCUUACUUCGUUGCCUCUCAUGCUGUAGGAGCUUGUUGGUACUUGCUUGGAACACAAAGGGCUGCAAAAUGUUUGAGAGAAAAAUGCAUAGCAGACGGACAUUGUUUCAGAAGAAUUUUGACAUGUCAAGAUCCAUUAGAUUAUGGCACAAGCAACUUCAUGAGCGAUCCAACGAGGCUGUGGUGGAGCUCGAACAAAGAGGCUAGAUCCGCUUGCCUUCAAAACGAGGAUAACUUUAGCUACGGAGCUUACAAAUGGACUCUUCAACUCAUUACUAACGAUAGCCGUUUGGAAAAGAUACUCUUCCCCAUUUUUUGGGGACUUAUGACCCUUAGUACAUUUGGGAACUUGGAGAGCACAACCGAUUGGCUAGAAUGUGUUUUCAUCAUCAUCGUUCUCACGACGGGUCUCCUACUAGUCACUAUGUUGAUUGGUAAUAUUAAGGUGUUUUUACAUGCAACAACAUCAAAGAAACAAGCUAUGCAAUUAAAAAUGAGAAACAUAGAAUGGUGGAUGAGGAAAAGGCAUCUCCCACCGGGGUUCAAACAAAGAGUAAGAAACUAUGAACGGCAACGAUGGGCCGCAAUGCGUGGUGUUGAUGAGUGCGAGAUGAUACGCAAUCUCCCUGAAGGACUUCGGAGAGACAUUAAGUAUCACCUUUGCUUGGACUUGGUCCGACAGGUACCUUUAUUUCAACAUAUGGACAACCUAGUCCUUGAAAACAUAUGUGACCGUGUGAAGUCCCUCAUUUUUACAAAGGGAGAAACCAUUGCAAGAGAAGGAGACCCGGUACAAAGAAUGUUGUUCAUAGUAAGAGGCCAUUUACAAAGCAGCCAAGUGUUGCGCGACGGUGUCAAAAGUUGUUGUAUGUUAGGCCCAGGGAAUUUCAGUGGCGAUGAACUUUUGUCGUGGUGCCUAAGACGGCCCUUUAUCGAGAGACUACCCCCUUCAUCAUCAACACUGGUAACACUAGAGACGACCGAGGCUUUUGGGCUAGAAGCUGAUGAUGUAAAGUACGUGACACAACAUUUUCGGUAUACCUUUGUGAAUGAAAAGGUAAAAAGGAGCGCACGGUAUUAUUCUCCGGGAUGGAGGACUUGGGCGGCGGUGGCGAUUCAGUUAGCAUGGAGGAGAUAUAGACAUAGACUCACGUUGACUUCAUUGUCAUUCAUUAGACCAAGAAGACCGUUAUCAAGGUGCUCUUCGCUUGGGGAAGAUAGACUAAGACUAUACACGGCUUUGUUGACUUCUCCGAAGCCGAAUCAAGAUGAUUUUGAUUUUUGAGAAUAUAUAUUUUUAUCUCUAUUGAUGAGCAUGUUUGUGUAAAAAUAAAACAUGGGUGAACUACAUUUAGAUAUAUAUGAAAUUUGUUUAUUUAUUCA